GCAGAAAAAAAUUAUUGAACAAGAAGAAAUUCGAGGAAAUUAUUCAACCCUAGGGUUCAAAUCCUGAGUCAUUUAGUUGUAUUUGCGAUCAAGAUUAUCCAAGGCAAUGCCUAUUUUAUUCGCAGUAGUUGCCCGAGGGGCGACAGUUUUAGCAAAAUAUGCCAGUUGUGCUGGUAAUUUUACUCAAGUUACAGAACAGAUAUUAGCUAAAAUAUCUCCCGUAGAUUCCAAGUUGACAUACUCACACGGCAGUUAUUUAUUCCACUAUAUUUGCGAAGAUAAAAUUGUUUAUCUCUGUAUCACAGAUGACGAUUUUGAUAGAUCAAAGGCAUUCUUGUAUCUUAACGAUAUAAAAAAAAGGUUUCAGUCCCAAUAUGGAAUUCGUGCUCAAACAGCUUUACCUUAUGCCAUGAACAGUGAAUUUUCUAGAGUUAUGGCUUCACAAAUGAAAGUGAGUAUAGAAGAGAGAAGGGGGACUGGGGAUGAGGAUAAAUUAGGCAAUGUACAGAAUCAGGUGGAUGAAUUAAAAGGCAUAAUGGUGAGGAAUAUAGAUCAAAUAGCUGACCGUGGUGAGAGACUAGAAUUAUUGGUGGAUAAAACAGAUGAUUUGAGUGCCAAUGCAAUAUCGUUUAAAAAGACUAGUCGAGGUUUAGCCAGAUCGUUAUGGUGGAAGAAUAUUAAAAUAACUAUUAUUAUUGUCCUUGUUGUUAUCGUGAUACUGUAUUUUAUUAUAUCAGCUGCUUGUGGUGGAUUGGACUGGCCGUGUACAAAAUAAUAAACUUUUUACACCAUUCGUAUUCCGUACUCUGUAAAAUUAUAUAUGCUGUGAACACCAAUUGCUCUGUAUAAUUAAACUGUGUAUAUCAAUUACUUAAUGACACAAGCUAAUCAUCAUUGACUAGUUGGAGCAAGGGCUAGAAAUCUAAGACGCGGUACCCUUUGUGAAAUCAAUACAAUCUUUCUUGCAUGUGUCUAAACUCACAAAACCUUUGCUAUAUAUCAAAAUGCCAUUUGUUAUGUGUUUAAAACUCAAUACCCUUUGUGAAUUCAAUGUGCUUUUUUUCACUGCUGUAGCAUCAAGGGUUUAGUGUCUUAUGACUCAAUACCCUUUGUGUAAUCAAUAUGCUGGUUUUAUUGCUGUAGCAUCACAGUACAUUUGCUUCUAGUACAUUUGUAUAGCUAAAUGUUGUUUAUUAUGUGUUAAAAACCCUUUGUGAAAUAGCUGUAGCAUCAGGGGUUUAAUACCUUUUGUGAAAUCAAUGUGCUGUUUUGUAUUGCUAUAGCAUCAAUUGUUUAGUGUCUUAUGGCUCAAUACCCUUUGUGUAAUCGAUGUGCUUGUUUUCUAUGCUUCUUGGUUGGACAUCUUUCCAGUUGAACAACAAUUAUUUCUAUGUUUUAAAAAAUAAUCAUCUGGGAAUGCCCCUUUAACAUCUCCCCUAUUAUUGUUAUUGUUAUUUCUGAAUUUUUGUAAAAAAAAAUAAAACUUGUAAAUAGAUUUUAUUUAAUAUUAAAAUAGAAAUUUAACACAU